AUGGUCGGAAUCAAGCAGAUAGCGACAAUGCCAAGCUCCUCAACAACGCAAGCGAGGCAGUACCGGCCCAAUAUUCAGUCUAACUUUGUUUCCAUCUCUAACCUCGCCCUUGGAACGACAACCGACGAUAUUCGCUUCACCUUUCAAGACUUUGGCUCGAUCAGCCACUGUUUUAUUGCAUCCGAUCAACCAUCGAAAGCCCUAUUGGUCUUCAUCAAACCUCCGGACGCAGGCUAUCAAGCCGAGUCACUCGACGGUGCGAUUGCGGACGGGCAGUGCAUCUCUGUUAAAACCAUCAAGGAAGCAGAAUUAGGGGGCCUGGCCCUUCUUCGUAGGAUAACCUGA